AAAAUAUACAAUGACGACAGUUGACUAACGCAAACAACCGAAUAAAGAAAGAACAAAAUCGGAAAUUUUCGACGAAGAUAAAAUCAUACAAGUUAGUAUACAGAGACGAUUCUCAUAGCCAAGUCAUUGAUUUGAGAAGAUAACAAGAUUAUUAUAGCAUCAGGAUCGAGAUUGUUCGUCGUCCAUUGAAGCAGCAUUUUCCUUCUUCAAAGAUCGCUUUUGGUUCUUCUCGCUGUUUUCGUUUUCUAAUCGCUUGCAACAAUUUCAACGUUUCACAUAUUAAGGAGAAAUGGAUCCUCGGAGAAACUUCCAACCAGGUGGCUAUGACUCUCGGAAUACCUUCACUUCAGGAUCUUUUGGGCCUCCAGAUUUUGGUGAAAGUGAUGAAGCAGAGUUGGUUUCUGUUUCUUGGAAUCAGGAUUACAGUUGUUUUGCUGCUGGCACUAGCCAUGGUUUUCGUAUAUAUAACUGUGAACCGUUCAAGGAAACUUUUAGGCGAGAGCUGAAGGAUGGAGGGUUUAAAAUUGUAGAGAUGCUUUUCCGGAGUAAUAUCUUGGCGCUUGUUGGUGGUGGACCUAACUCCCAGUACCCUUCAAAUAAAGUAUUGAUUUGGGAUGAUCAUCAGGGGCGCUGCAUCAGUGAGUUUACUUUUCGGUCGGAAAUUCGUGCAGUGAAGUUAAGAAGAGAUCGAAUUGUUGUUGUUCUUGAGCACAAGAUAUAUGUCUACAAUUUUAUGGAUCUAAGACUUCUUCAUCAGAUUGAAAAUAUGGCAAAUCCAAGGGGACUAUGUUGCCUCUCUCAUCACAUGAAUACAUCUGUCUUGGCUUGUCCAGGUAUUCGUCGAGGAGAGGUCCGAGUUGAACAUUUUGGGCUUAACAUGGUUCAAAUCAUUAAUGCUCAUGAUUCUAAUAUCGCGUGCAUGACCUUGACAUUGGAUGGCUUGCUCCUUGCAACUGCCAGUACAAAGGGAACUCUGAUUAGAAUUUUCAACACGAUGGACGGAACUCGUCUGCAAGAGGUCCGAAGAGGCGUGGACAGAGCAGAUAUCUAUAGCAUUGCUCUAUCACCAAACGUGCAGUGGCUUGCAGUAUCAAGCGACAAGGGGACUGUUCACAUUUUCUCUCUCAGAGUGAGAGUUAUAGGGGAGGACGCAUACUCCACUGAACAUGAGACUUCUUCAAAUUCCCUGCAGCCUCUUGUUUCUCCAGCCAGUGGUGCCAACCCUGGUUCGUCAUUGUCUUUUCUGAGAGGUGUUCUACCAAAAUAUUUCAGCUCGGAAUGGUCAUUUUCUCAGUUCCAUGUACCUGAAGUCACCCAAUACUUUGCAGCAUUUGGUGCUCAGAACACAAUUGCAAUUAUUGGCUUGGACGGAAGGUAGCUAAUCUCUCUGAAUGUAUAUUCACAUCAUCCACAAGUAUUAUAUGCUUCCAUCACACUAGUCAGAAUAGCAAAAACAUAAAAUAACCAACAACCACACAUAUGAUUUAUCGGCCUUACAGUUUCUACAGGUGCAAUUUCGAUCCAGUGAACGGAGGAGAGAUGACUCAGCUUGAACAUUUCCAUUUUCUGAAGCAAGAUAGCCCGAGAUAGUCAGACCACGUGCUUGGUUUGAGUUUUAUGUACAUAACAAUUGGCUCUGUAUAUAGAUUUGGUGAAACCGCAUACGAUUUUAUUCUUCCAAGCUUUACUUGAUUGAAGGAAAAUGUAUUCUUGAUUGGAACAAUGUAUAUACAAAAAGGAUUUUUUUUUGGUUAUAACACUAAUUUCUACAGAGAAUCAAACUGCA